GUAAGUUGUGCGCUCCAGGGGAACGAAAUGUUGGGGGUGGACGGAGUCACGACGCGCCACGCAACGCGACUCGUCAUGACCCUGGAGUGAAUCACGUAGGAAUUUCUUUGCUGACGUGAAUUUUUCUGCGCGGCUGCGGGUGUUUGAGUAUUUACAGACAUCUGUGUUUGGUUCCUUCCACAUCAACACUUGAUUUUCUUCUUCUUUGUUUGAAAAGGUGCAACGUUUCAUUCAGAACUUCCUUUGUGUUUUUGGUUUGUUUUCUGUUUUAAUCCCUGCGCGCACAUCAGACGCGCCGCUGUUUUUUCUCUUUCUUUCUUUUUUCCUUUUUUUUUUGCGGACUUUUAUGCGCACACGCUGCUCCAUGCAUCCCGCACCUGUGGACGCUCUUUGUGUUUCGUGUUUUUGACGCGCUCGCUCCCACGCCGCACGGAGCGGUGAGUCGGAUGCGCCGCGGCUCUCCGGUCACAUCCAGCGCCGCAGCGGCCGCGAUCAGCUGCGUGUGGAUGGGCUCUGCGCCUGCUCCCCGCGCCUCCCGCACCUCCCAAUAACCGGCGACAAAUGGCAUCACACGGCUUCUGGACCCUCGGCGGGGAAAAUGCGGGGGCCAACACCGGGAGUCAAAGCCCCAGCACCCCCAGGGCUUGGUGCCAAGCAGCUGCCCAGAAAUUAUCCGGAGGAAUUGGAUCAAAGUUAUGUGCGCUGCUAAAUGUCGGAGAAGGGGAGAAACCCGCCGAGCCCGCCGCCAAGCAGCCGCCGCAGACCGCUGCGGGAAGCUGCGGCUGCAACAAAUCCUGCACCUGCACCAAAAGCACCGAUGUGGGCUUCUCAGACCUCUACUCAACAGACCUGCUGCCUGCCAUGGACGGAGACACCAAAACGAUGACCUUCCUGCAGGAGGUCGUGGAUAUUUUAAUGGCCUACAUAGUCGAGUCGUUCGACCGGGAAACGAAAGUGAUCGAUUUUCAUUAUCCCAACGAGCUGCUGCAGCUCAACAACUGGGAGCUGCAGGACGAGCCGGCCACGCUGGAUGACAUCUUGAUCAGCUGCCGCGCAACUCUCAAAUACGCCAUCAAAACAGCGCACCCCAGGUACUUCAAUCAGCUCUCCACAGGAUUAGACAUGGUCGGGCUGGCAGCCGAUUGGCUCACAUCCACGGCCAACACCAACAUGUUCACCUAUGAGGUGGCGCCUGUGUUUGUGCUGCUGGAGUACGUCACCUUGAAGAAGAUGAGGGAGAUCAUUGGCUGGUCGGACGGGCGAGGAGACGGCAUUUUCUCACCCGGGGGUGCUAUUUCCAACAUGUACGCCAUGCUGCUGGCCCGCUUCAAGAUGUUCCCUGAAGUGAAGGAGAAAGGAAUGUCGUCCGUCCCCAAACUGGUGGCCUUCACAUCCGAACACAGCCAUUUUUCCAUCAAAAAGGGAGCGGCGGCGCUUGGCAUUGGGACUGAAAGCGUGAUCUGCAUCAAAGCAGACGAAUGCGGCAAACUGAUCCCUGCCGACCUGGAGAGGAGAAUACUGGAGGCGAAACACAAGGGGUUUGUACCGUUCUUUGUGAGCGCGACAGCUGGGACGACCGUGUACGGCGCCUUUGACCCGCUCAUCGCCAUCUCUGACAUCUGCAAAAAGUACAACAUCUGGUUUCACGUGGAUGGAGCAUGGGGAGGGAGUCUGCUCAUGUCCCGGAGACACCGGUGGAAACUGGACGGCGUUGAGAGGGCCAACUCUGUGACCUGGAACCCUCACAAAAUGAUGUCCGUCCCUCUGCAGUGCUCCGCCCUGCUCGUCAGAGAGGAGGGUUUGAUGCAGAGCUGCAACCAGAUGCACGCCUGCUACCUCUUCCAGCAGGACAAACAUUACGACCUUUCCUACGACACCGGGGACAAAGCGCUGCAGUGUGGACGCCAUGUGGACAUCUUUAAACUCUGGCUGAUGUGGAGAGCGAAGGGAACCAUCGGCUUCGAAGCCCAGAUUGACAAAUGCUUGGAGCUGUCGGAGUAUCUGUACAACAAAAUCAAAGACAGAGAAGGAUACCAGAUGGUGUUCGAUGGGAAGCCUCAGCACACCAACGUCUGCUUCUGGUACCUCCCACCGGGGGUCCGCUUCCUGGAGGACAAAGAGGAGAAGAAGAAGCGCCUUCACAAGGUGGCUCCAGUCAUCAAAGCCAGGAUGAUGGAGUACGGCACCACCAUGGUCAGCUACCAGCCACAAGGCGACAAGGUGAACUUCUUCCGCAUGGUAAUCUCCAACCCUGCUGCUACCUUCGAGGACAUCGACUUCCUCAUCGAGGAAAUCGAGCGACUCGGCCACGAUCUUUAAGACUCCUCUCGCCAAAUCCUCCUGUACUUUCCCUCGUUGAUGGAUGAAAUGUUUGUCAUGAAUGUACCGGUAACCAUUCUCAUUUCUCUUUUCUCCUGUAAAGUCUAAUAUUUAAGAGUAUAUUUAAGAAGAAAAAAGAUGUAUUAAUAUAUUAUGUACUGCAGCUUUUUCUGUGGACUGACUCGGUCCAGCGCUAUGUAAAAGUGCUUCUGUCCGCCUUUCUUAUGGUGUAGUCGCCGCAAGAUUAGUGUCAUCAGUGUGACUUUAUAUGUAUUUUUGUGCUAUGAAAUGCUUGUGCAAUAAGUCGAUGAGGGAGAUCUGAGAUUUUUGGAUCAUUUCUCAUUCACAGAGUUUGUUGUUAAGUGCCAAAUGUUGUUGUGUUCUAUAGUAACAUUUAAAAUUUUAAACAAAGAAAGCACUAAUCUUUACCUCAGCUUAAUUAACUGCCUGUACAGCAGGGGGUAGAGUCCAGUCCAUGAAGCUGUUUCAACUAAAAUGCAACAUUUAAAUUAUACAUUGUUCUGAAUAUCACUUUGUUUUCCUCUGCUAGACAAGUUGAAAACACAAAACUGCCGAAUUACCCAAACAAGGCCAGCAGGUGCCGCUAAUGUCAACAUGAAUUACCCUUAAGCAAAUGUUUUGGGUGAUUUUCUCAGCAAAUUCCACUAAAGUUGGAAACACUUCUUUUUUUAUUGUUCCUCAAUGGAGCCAAAAGGACAAAGAUUGUUUUUCCCCUUUGUAAUUUAGUAGUUUUGCUUAUUGAAGAGUCAUCGACUCCUUUACCGACUAUAAAACUAUCAGUUCCUUUUGUUUUAGUGACUAAAGUACAUUUAUACAAACCACAAAAUAUGACUGCAAUAAUUAAUAUCUACCAGCAGGAGGCCAAUUAUAGUUAUAGGUUUUGAAAAUCAUCAUAUCUCUAAUAUUCUAAAAAAAAGCUAAAUAUUAAUCAGAGAGUCAAAGUCAAUCGAAGUCCAAAAUAUAAUAUACAGAAAAUAGUGCACAACAAAAAUUAUUAAUGAGUUUUAAAUUUAUAUUUGAUUUCUUAUAUCCAGAAUAGACCAAAAAUAUUCAAUGACGAGUUAAAGUAAAAGCACUGAUUGAAUACAUGUGAGCAAAUGGUUGAUAUGGGUAUAAAGUGGCAACAAAUAUGGUCAAAAGAAGGUAAAAAAAAAAAAAAAAAUUGAGGAAAAUGCACCCAUGUCCCCAGAUCAUUUACUACUGCAACUAAAAUGGCUACAGCAGUCAUUUUUAUGUUUAGCACAUUGUUAAUUCUUAGAGUAUUGUUCACUCUGUGCAAAGUAGACUGUUUUAUUGUUAUUUUCCAAAAUUCACCAAAAAUAGUUUCUUUAAACCAAAACAAUGUUUUGUGCAGGAGGUCCAUCAUAAAAUCUCAGUUUUAGUGCAAGCAACAUAAAAAUAAAGAUACUGCACCUAAUUAGGAAUGCUGGCCUAAAAAAAAACAAAAUGUUGUUGAAUUUCAGUGAUCAUGAUGUUGGGCUUAAAACUACAAGUUAAAGGCCAAGGCACUGGAAAGAUUACCAAUUUAAUACUGGUAGCUUCUUGGUACUUUUCAAACUGGAUCUGGUGGGACUGACCGACCAUCCAAUCAACCAACCAGUAAACCAACAAACCAACCAUUAAACUAAUCAACCAACCAAUAAACCAACAAACUAACCAAUAAACUAAUCAACCAACCAACCAACCAAUAAACCAACAAACCAACCAACAAACCAAACAACCAACCAACCAGUGUUUCCAUAUUGUUAAAAGGUUCAGGGUAGUUCCAAUUGAUAACUGUAGUAUGACUUUAAUCAGAGUUUAAUAGUUUAAAUUGUAAGGAAAUUAAAGACACUUUAAUGUAUUUUAAUGUAUUCAUUUAUACAGCUUAACUCUUUUUCUGAAAGUCUGUUGAUUGUGUUUAGGUUUAGCUCCACCAGCGUCAUAAUAAAUUUUCCCACUGACUUUUACAAAUGUGUGCAGAUGAUCUUAAUUAGUCCCGCAAAAACAGAUUCAAUUAUAAAUUCAAUAAUAAAAAAUAGAUGAAAAUCAGAAAUGUGAAAUGUCAGUAGGCCUGUCAGAAUAGCAAAUUUUGCGUAAUCUUUGGGUAAAACUGUAGAAAAAAAAAGUAAAGUAAAGUGGACAAAAUAAAUAAUUUACCACUGUUUCUAUGGACCUGCUUGUGUAUAAAAUCAAAACUAAAUUAUUUUAACUUCAGCUGAAAAAGGCCAAAUGUUCAUUUUAGCAUCUCUUCCUUAUGUUUAGCACUUAAGAACAAAGCUUUAAGCAGAAUUAUCUUAAAGGCAGGGCAAUAAUAAUAAUAUUACUGUUUUGGUCAGAUUUGGAUACUUUAACACUAGACAUCACUUGCACUAAAUUAUUGUGGAGAGCAACUCAAGCAGCAACUGAGAUUGCUUCUGUUUUCAUUCACAAGCAAUAUUUAAGGGUCCAAGCUACAUAUCCGCAAAAUCUUGCAAAGAAGUAGUGAAGUAUCAGCGCACGUUAACGGAAGAUAAUCAAGUUUCCACAUGAUAACUUAGAUAAUAAUAAUAAUAAUAAUAAUAAUAAUAAUAAUAAUAAUAAUAAUCAUCUGUAUAAAAGCUUAUUGUAGGCAGGGUUAGCUGUUGAAACUCUGGUUUUCUUUUAAAAAGCAGAAGUUUUGUAGCAUUUUCAUUAGACCGAGGUAGAAAAGCACAAUUUGCUCAACACUAUCACUUUGAAACAUAGACUGUAAAUACAACUACAAGAUGUCCUAAGUGCAUAUCUUUGUGUAUACAUAUUAUGUAUAUAAGACGUAUAACCAGAGACUAUUUGUGAGGUAAAAUUGUUCAUAUUUUCUCUAUAUCUGAUAUAGAUGCCCUGUAUUUUCAUCUCGUCGCCCCAAAAGGCUUUACUUUUCACUGUGUGUGUGUUUGUGUGUGUGUGACUCUUCUAGCUGUUUCAACGACAACUUGUUUCAGGGACUGGCUUUUAAAAGAACAGACAGAUUUCACCUCCACGUUCUUCAUUGGUAGGUGUGAAACUCUGGCGUUAGGGUUUUAAAUGAAUAUGCAAAGCCACUUUUUGACUCUGAAGCUCCAUGUUUUUCUGUGCACAAGUGAAACUCGACUGUAUGUGCCGACGUGUACCUUAGCGUGUUUGUGACUGUGUUGCCUUAGUAGAGAUUUUUCAGUAUCGUCUAGUUGGCCUCCAGAAAAAAACAGGAGGUUGUGCACUUUAGAGUAUGCGACCUAAAUAACGUGCAGUGUCUUAUGGUUGUUUAUGAUUUAUUGUUAAAAAAAAAAUUCUCGGACAUAAUGUAACUGGAGCUCUUUGGUCUGAAUGUGAAAGGAAUUAAGGGUCUGUUUUAAUUUGAUUUUGUAGAUGAAAAGCUUAUGUUGCCACUUUUUCCCUAAGUGGAUCUGUUGUGCACACUGUGACAGAGACAACAUCAGAUUCAUGCCAGCUGACCUCACUGCGGUGAGCCGGAAAAGCCAGACACUUUUCACAGGGUUGCGGAUUCUGGUCACAUGACCUGAACUCAAGUCACAAAUCGAAUGACUUCCUCAUGAAAUGGUGAAAAAUUCAGACUUUAACAAAAAUGUUGACUAUUGACUGAAUUUAAUUUAGGGCUGAAACGAUUAAUCAAGAGUGAUUAAUAGAAUUAGACCCAAUCCAAUCAGAUUAAUCGAAUCAUUAAUGCAAUUAAUCAUAGGUAAACGUAAUUAAUACAAUUAUCUGUGAUUCAUCAGAUUAAUUGCAAUUAAUCUGAUGAAUCAUGAUUAAUCGAUUACCAAAAUAAUCAACUUAUUUGACAAUUGAUUAAUCGCUAAUUGGAGUAUAAAGACUCAAUAAAAUACCAUUUUUCUGCAAGAACAACACAUAGAGCAGUAAUUAAGCCAAAACUUUACAAUAUGAAUAUAUUUUUCAUUUAAGAUAAAGAAAAACUAACCGUUGUCUGUACAUAUAAAUAUAAUUUUUUAUAACAAAAACUACUUCCCCUUUAAGACUUCAUAGAGAAAGGAUAUUGUGAUGACUUCCUGUAGGCGGAGCUUCAAAAAGAACAGGAGCUUCUUAAAGAGACAGAGGCCCAGUUUUAAAGCAUUAAAUUGACUGUAGGUAUCUUAGUCACUUGUGCUAUAAAAUGGCACUUUGUGCCUGGAAAACAAGCUACUGCCCCUUUAAUUUUGCACUUGACUUAAAACUUGCUUCAGAUUGCUAUUUCUGACUCAGGACUUGCACUGUUUGACUUUGGACUCAACCCGGGACCAACACGGGUUUUAUUUGGGCUCUGACUUGAGUGUGAAGGUGACUUGUGACUCGCUCCCGUCUCUGCUCGUUCCUCUUGCUGCUCUCGCUGCUGCUACACUCGCGCCUCUUGCAUGUGCAUGCGAUUCCCUGCCUCUCCAGCUUGUGCAGUCUCCUAUAUAUCCAUGUGCAUAUAUGUAAACUGUAUGUAUAGCUCCUGUAAUUAGCCUAAGUGUCCUACAUAUUCCAAUAUUUAUAUAUAUAGCUUAGCUUGUAGAUUAGUGCACUGUCGCUCUAGCCUUUACAUGUAAUCUUUGUGUCUUGGGCUUCCUGUAAAGUCUCUCUGUGCUGCAAGCAUGCCGACCUCGCUUCGCAUCGUUUUCCUCUCCGUGCUUGAUCUGCCUUUCUCUCUCUUCCCUCUUUCUGCUUGGAAACUGUCGCUGCUUUCAGUGUCUUAUAUAAAUAUAUAUAAAUGUAGUCCUUCAGCAUGUCUUUUUAAAAGCUUUACUCUGCUCUGACCUUUUCUAUCUUUCUCCUUCUGCUUCGCCCUCUGGUCAGCAGUAUAUCUCCGCGCUUUCCUCUUAAUGUGUCUCGGCGACCUGAUGUUACUCUGUUUCUGUGCCUCAAACGGUAGAUUAACCCAGAAGGACACAAACAGACCCUGCUUUCUUGUUUAGGUUCAGCGUUUUUCUUUCCAUUGUUUCAUGAGGACAAAUACAAACCCUACUGUUGUCCUCAAAGAAGAGGUCAACUCUAAAUAUGUACUCUGCAAACAUGUCCUAAACUACAUGUUAUUCUAAGAAAGAAGAAGAAAUAAAUAUAACAAGACAACA